AUGUCGAAGCGAUUGGCAUCGGAAGCUCUCGAAGAAGCUUUGAACGCAGACUCCCCUGCAUCGAAAAGGUCGAGAAUUGGCGAGCCAAGUGAAAGUCCCAGCGCGCACGAGAACGGCGACCUGGAGCGCGAGGCAGAGGAUGAGACCACACCAAGAAAGAAUGGCAACGCAAACGGACACGGAGUAGACUCAGACUCCGACUUUGACGACGAUGUGCCUGAAGAGAAAGCACCGAUCAGACAAUCGGCGCCCACAGCCGGCUACGAUGACCUGUACCUCGACACGAUCGACCGGAAUGUGCUAGAUUUCGACUUCGAGAAGCUCUGCUCAGUAUCACUUUCCAACAUCAACGUAUACGCGUGCCUAGUUUGCGGCAAGUACUUUCAAGGCCGGGGCCCAAAAUCACACGCCUACUUCCACUCGUUGGAUGAAAACCACCAUGUCUACAUCAACAUGGCAACUCAGAAAGUAUACGUGUUACCGGAAGGUUACGAGGUUACGAGCAAGAGUCUGGAGGAUAUCAAGUACGUGUCGGAUCCGAGGUACACAAAACAAGAGGUUAUGGAGAUAGAUCGCCGGCCACGCACCAGUCUCACAAUCUUGGGCAAGGACUACACACCAGGCUACGUAGGGAUGAACAACAUCAAGGAGAACGACUACCUGAAUGUGGUGGUGCAGGCACUUUCGCACGUUCCACCACUGCGAAACUUCUUCCUGUUGGAGGACUUUGCGAGCUCCCGGUCGGAGCUGGUGAAGAGGACGAGCAUUUUGUUCAGGAAGAUCUGGAACCCGCGCGCGUUCAAGUCGCACGUGUCGCCACACGAGCUGCUACAGGAGAUUUCAUUACGGUCGAACAAGCGAUAUACCCUGACAGCGCAGAGUGACCCUGUCGAGUUCUUGAGCUGGUUCCUGAACAACCUUCACCUCGGCCUAGGAGGAAGCAAGACCAAGCCGGGAAGCAGUAUGAUCCAGCGAGUAUUCCAAGGAAAGCUCAAAGUCGAGUCGCAAGCAAUCACGGCGAAAGCGGACGUGGGCGACCGCCUGCGGUUCGAGGAGGCGGCAGAAGUAAAGGUGGAUGUCAGCCGAUUCCUCCUCCUGACGCUGGACCUCCCUCCCGCACCACUGUUCCAAGACGAACAGGAGCGCAACAUCAUUCCCCAGGUGCCGCUCACAAAGAUCCUUUCCAAGUACGACGGCCACUCAGCACAAGAGCACCUGGCACACAGGCGACGCUACAGGUUGAUGCACCCCUUGCCGCCUUACCUAGUCAUGCACGUCAAGCGCUUCAGCCAGAACAAGUUCGUCAGCGAGCGCAACCCGACGAUCGUGACGUUCGACUCGCGCGACCUGGACGUGAGCCCGUACGUGGAGCCGGACCCGUCAAUACACCCCGGGCGCGGGCCGAUCUACUACGACUUGGUGGCGAACGUCGUCCACGAGGCGGUGCGGCUGCGCGAGGACGUGGCGGACACGGGCGAGGAGCGCAAGACGUGGAAGGUGCAGUUGCUGGACAAGGCGAGGGGAGAGUGGGUGGUCUGCCAGGACUUGUUCGUGGACAAGAUCCAGAAGGAGCUGCUGUGUAUGGGAGAGAGCUACUUGCAGGUCUGGGAGCGAAGGAGAGAGCCUGGCCAGGGGAAGGGCAAAGGAAGGGCCUGA